AUGUACGCCCUCGUCGAGCCCCAGCGGACUCGAAAGGGAGGGCUGGCGUUUUUCUGGGCUUCCCAAGGCGCGGUCAACGGCGAAAGUGAUGGCGAAACGACUGCAUGUGAUGGUGCUGGCGAACGACCGUCCUUGCGAACUGAAGAGGCACAAUGUGGGUGCCACCGUUCUCAAUCCGGAUGUGACUCUUUCGAGGCAGUUGAGAGCGCUUUUUCGCCGCAAACAAAUUGCCAUGACCAGUUUGUUGCCGUCCACGAUAUCGGCACCGCAGACCUGGACGCGGGUAUCCUAGAUGUUCGCUGGUUACCGCGAGUGAAGACUCAGGUUCAAGGUCCCGAAGACGAGUCUGAUGAAGGGGCAACUGAAAGCAAAGAGUGGCUUCGCCCUCUCGUCCAGGAAGCCAAGUUUUCUGUGGCGGACCAUGAGGAGGCAAACAUGAAGUCGGAGGUUUCCGACAGGUGUUCGUCCGUGAUUGCGGGCAUUGGAUCCGACAGGGCUCUUCAUGUAGUCGAAGUUCAUCUCGAGAACGGAUAUCACUCAAGUUUCAACGGAGGGUUUGAUCCUCUACCCGCGACGCUAGGGUCUCAAGGUCAUCCUGCACAGAUAUUCCCCGUUUCGCAUGAGAGCCGCGUACCUGAGCGCGACGCACAGCUGCUUUCGAGCGGCCGCGGCGCGUCUCUUCCUUCAUGCCGUUGCGCACGACUCGCGCGAAUCCCGCUGCAGUCAGCUGAUGCCGCGAAGCGCGUCCAGGGCGACGUGAUUGGCCUCGGCAUGGAUAGCCUGGGAGAGGACGGAAGGCUCGUUGCGGCGUGUUGUUCUGACGGCCAGGUCAGCGUCGUCAAGGACUUGGAGUGCGUUCACCGUUCGUGGAAGGCACAUGACGCAGAGACGUGGUGCGUGGUGUUCGACCCACACAGCGAGGGCGACAUCCUAGCAACUGGAGCUGACGACUGUAUGGUCCGUCUUUGGGACCUGAGGUCUGGAACGUCUGCGAUGUCUGGCUGCAGUCAAGAUGAAGAUGAAUCUUCAUUCUUGUUAGCCGAAAAUAAACGCAGUCACACCAUGGGAGUAACUGCGAUAGCGUUUUCUCCGUACGAUUCGAAUCUGGUGCUAACCGGAAGCUACGACGAAAAGAUUCGUGUCUUUGAUCGCCGCCAGCUUCAUUAUCCUGUGAAUUCCUUCUCUGUGUCGGGGGGAGUUUGGCGUCUCAAGUGGCACAGGGGAGGGUACCUGGACAAGGGCCUCAUGCUUGUUGCUACAUGUCACGGCGGAAGCGAACUAUGGCGGAUUGGAGACGCCCCCGCAGACCUGAAGAGGCUCGGUGUUUUUUCGGGGCAUGAGUCCAUGACGUACGGCAUCUGCGCCUUGUCAAUGAAAUACCUUCCGCAGCAGAGCCCAGCACUCGCAUCAGCUGCGAAUUGUCUACGACGUCGUGCUGUUCGACAUCACUUCCCUUCUGGCAUCCGCUCCUAUCUUAGUGGGCAUAUAUUUGUGUCGUGCAGCUUUUAUGAUCGACUGUUAGCAGUAUGGUAG